CAGGCGGUGACACGUUAAUAUUUUAUUUUACACAUUAAUGCAGGCUGUGUAGCAUUACAGCUGCAUGUAAGCAGACAUACCUGGAUCAGUAUCAGUGCACAUACAGCAAUCAUGCUCCCGCAGGAAUCCAUCCCUGGCUCCCGCUGCAGCCCGUGCCACAGCCGGCAGGCCUCUACCGGCUCCCGCAGCCCGUGCUAAGGGCGGCAGGGGGUGCCAGCGGUGCCCGGAUCGCGGGGCGCGCCGGGCGGGCACACGGGGAUCCCCUCACGCCGCAUCACCGCGCCGCUGCCACCGCCGGAGAGGAGGUUUGAACCGCGCCGGCCGCCGUACGGGGAGGUGCCACUGCCGCUUCCGCGAGAGGUGGCCCCCGCCGCGCAUGGAGGAGCUGCCCGUCGUCGUGCUCCUGCUGCUCCUCCUCGCCUUGCUGCUUGUGCCGCUGGUGCUCCUGGAUAGGAGGCGCCGCGGCCGGCGGACGCCUCCGUUCAGUGUCCUGGUGGUGGCCGGCUCUGGUGGGCACACAACAGAAAUCCUGAGGUUACUCAGCUGUUUGUCAGAGUCAUACUCUCCUAGACAUUAUGUUUUGGCAGACUCAGAUAAGAUGAGUGAAGCUAAAAUACGUUCUUUUGAACAAAAAAGGGCUGAAACAUUCUCCAAGUCCCAGUUCAGCCUGGAUCGCAUUCCCAGAAGCCGGGAGGUCAGACAGUCCUGGAUCUCCUCUGUGCUAACAACACUGUACUCCAUACUUUACUCCCUUCCUCUGACCUACAAACGGAAACCAGAUUUGAUAUUGUGCAAUGGACCAGGAACAUGUGUUCCUGUCUGUUUAUCUGCUUUUCUUUUUGGCCUCCUACGAAUAAAGAGAACAGUUAUUGUGUAUGUAGAGAGCAUCUGCCGUGUGGAAACUUUAUCCUUGUCUGGAAAGAUUCUUUACUACUUUUCAGAUUAUUUCAUUGUUCAGUGGCCUGAUCUAAAGAAAAAAUAUCCCAAGUCAGUGUAUCUUGGUCGAAUAGUGUAACAACAGAAGACAAGCUAAGCUUUACCUGAAAUAGACUCUACAAGCUCCUCACUUGCAUUCCUGUAGUAAUUUAUUUUCAAGAAUUCCUGUCACAAAAUUAGGCUGGUACUUUAAAAUGAGACAAUAAAGUUUCCUCUACAUUUAA